GUGGAGAUGAAGAGCAGUGGGUCCAGCGGGAGUGGAACCGAAUCACAGGGAAAUGAAAGCCACAGCAACAAUAGUCACGGCAACGAGAGCCACGACCAUUCAUCGAUGAGCAGCUCCAAUGGCACCAGUAAAGACUCGGCACUGCUGGAAUCUUCUGAAAGCAACAAGAGCUCGAACUCUCACAGUCCGUCUCCUCCCAGCAGCUCAAACGCCUUCAGUCUGCUAAGCUCAGAGCAGGAUAACCCUUCAACCAGCGGAUGCAGUAGUCAGGAGUCCGCCAAAGCCAAGACCCAGAAGGAGAUGAUUAAAACGCUGAAAGAGCUGAAGCUUUACCUGCCCAAUGAGAAGAGACACAAUAGCAAGUCAUCCACAUUGAACACCCUCAAGUACGCACUGCGCUGUGUCAAACAAGUGGAAGCCAAUGAGGAGUAUUAUCAGCUGUUGAUGACCAAUCACAGUCAACCUUCAGUCCUGGAUGUAUCCUCUUAUACGAUAGAGGAGAUAGACAGCAUUACUUCUGAAUACACCCUCAGAAACAACGUCUUUUUUGCAGUAGCAGUGUCUCUCGUUACAGGAAGGAUAGUCUACAUUUCUGAUCAAGCUGCCUCCAUCCUCAACUGCAAAAGAGAAGUUUUUAAGAAAAGCAAGUUUGUGGAGUUUGUGAUGCCGCAGGAUGUUAGUGUCUUCUACAGCUUCACAACGCCCUACCGCCUGCCCUCCUGGAGCAUGUGCACUGGAGCAGAGGCAUCACCUCCUGACUGCAUGCAGGAGAAGUCCUUCUUCUGUCGUAUCAGUGGUGGUAAUAAGUGUGAGGGCAAUCUGCAGUACUACCCUUUCCGCAUGACACCCUACCGGAUGAAGGUCCAAGACACAGUACAUGCUGAAGACCAGUUCUGCUGCCUCCUGCUGGCUGAGAUAGUUCACUCUGGUUAUGAUGCACCCAGAAUUCCAACAGACAAACGCAUCUUCACCACCACACACACACCGAGUUGUGUGUUUCAGGAUGUGGAUGAGAGGGCGGUUCCUCUCCUCGGGUACCUCCCCCAAGACCUGAUUGGCACACCAUUCCUCCUCCAUCUGCAUCCCAAUGACCGGCCGAUUAUGUUGGCCAUUCACAGAAAGAUUCUUCAAUUCGCAGGACAACCAUUUGACCACUCGUCCGUCCGGUUCUGUGCGCAAAAUGGAGAAUACAUCGUUCUUGACACCAGCUGGUCCAGUUUCGUCAACCCCUGGAGCCACAAGGUCUCCUUCGUUAUCGGAAGACACAAAGUGCGCAUGGGCCCCGUGAAUGAAGAUGUUUUUGCAGCCCCGGUCUCCACUGUCCAGGAGAUGAAGACCAUGGACUCUGACAUCCAGGACAUUACUGAGCAGAUCCAUCGGCUCCUGCUACAGCCGGUCCGUAACAGUGGGUCCAGUGGCUACAGUAGUGUGAACAGAACUGACCACCCUGUGGGCAUGAGCUCCUCUAGCGAGAGCCUCAACAACGGCAGCGGGAGCAAGAUCCAACAAGAGGAGGAGGAAGUGCGCGGCAAAGCCAGACCGCGAACUUUUCAGGAAAUCUGUAAAGGAAUACAUCUUCAGAGGAGCCAGGAGCAGCAGACAACCAGACCAAACAUCAAGAAAAGCAAUGGCAUAGAGUCUGUACAAAAGAGUUCAGCGGUGGUGCGGCCCAAAAACUCAGCAGCUCCCCUCAACUGGAAGGAGACAGAGGCCAUUAUGGAGGAGAGUAGGUCCUCUUCCCAGGAGGAGACGGCCUUCGAUGAUCCGACAGUCUACUCCUACCAGCAGAUCAGCUGUCUGGACAGUGUUGUCAGAUACUUGGAGGGCUGUAAUGUUCCCAUCACAAUGAAGAGGAAGUGCCAGUCUUCCUCUAACACCACGUCCUCUAACUCAGAUGAGGACCAACAGAAAGGACCUAACAGCAUGCAGCUGUCCGAAGAACCAGCCUUGUUGAAGGAUCACUCUGUGCUCUCCGCAUUGGAUGAUCGAGACAAAAAGUCCAGUGACGCGGCCACAGCGGUAGUGGGCACGUCAUUGCCCCUACCUGUACCUAACAAAACAGAAAGCGUGGUGUCCAUAACCAGCCAGUGUAGCUACAGUAGCACCAUAGUGCAUGUUGGGGACAAGAAACUUCGACCAGACUCAGAUAUCAUAGGAGAUGUCCAAGGAACAGGAGAGACCGUAGAAUCCAGCCAGAACCCUGGCGCUCCUCUUUCUGUUGUUUUACCUCCCAGUCAGGAGAGGGAGCCCUAUAAGAAAAAACUUGGGUUGACCAAACAGGUUUUGGCAGCCCAUACGCAGAAGGAGGAGCAGACCUUUCUGUAUCGCUUCAGGGAGCAUCAAGGACUCGCAGCACUCAAAGAAAACUGCUCUCAGUACCUGGAGCGUCAGAGAGAACAGAUCGCCAGCGAUGCUGUACCUGCUGCUCGAUCCUACAAUGAGGGUGGACCGAGUGUACUGCCCACUGCGCGGCGAGACGCACGAAAUAAAAAGACCAAGUCAAAGCGAGCGAAGCAAAUGGAUUCCUCAGAUAGCACAGUGUCCCAUCGCAGACAACAACAUCUGCGGCCUCCUCUUCUAAACCUCGGCCUUAACCCGACCUCUUGGUCUCGCUCUGACACCUCACAGUCAGCUUUUCCCAUGGCCUACCCCUCUGUGGUGCCAGGCUACCCGCUCCAGGUUUACCCCGGAGCCAGUUCCCUACCUCCCCACACAGACGCCACUCUACAAGGCUUUGGGCACAAUCAGGGCACCCAGUCCCCUCCCUGUCCCCCAUCCAUCCAUCCUGCUCCCUACACCACCCCCAUGGUCACCCCCAUGGUCACCCCCAUUGUGGCUCUAAUGCUGCCCAUGCCCUACCCUUCAAUGACCCCCGGACUGCCACCUCCACAGCCAGUGUACCACACAGUGACUGGUGGCUUCCCCACCCAAUUGCAGCCUUUUGGCCAGGCUCCCUCUCCAGGCCAAGGGCCCUUCACAGAUCCACCUUCUUUCAGUGUUCAGAACCAGUUCAGCACCCAGAACCACUUUGCUCUUCAAGAAGGCUGCCUGACCCCAUCGUUCUACUUCCCUCCAUCCUUGGAAACCUCAAAGGCCCCCGUGGUGGAGGGCCAGUCUCGCUCCUCUACGCCACAGUCUGGAGGAGAUGGAGGCCAGGCGUCCCCACCCCUGUUCCAGUCUCGGUGCAGCUCACCCCUCAACCUCCUGGAGCUGGAGCUGUCUGUGGACCGGCAGGACAGCACGGUGCUCUCCUCUGGAGGACAAGGGAAUAAUGCGGCUGAAAGGGAGAAAAGAGCAAGUGGCAACCAGGCCAAGGAGAGGGAGCUGAAGCAGGUAAACAAGCCAUCUCUCAGUCUCCUUGGUCCACCUGGACCCUUGAAUUGCGAGGGCUCGCCCUGUGUCUGUGAGCAUUCUUGGGAUAAAGUGUACUCUAGGCUAAGGGCUUGCAGCAAAGAGGAAAAUUCACAUGGCGACGGGAACAACAGUGACACCAACUCUUUGUCCAGCGGCGUGUUGGACAUAAUUCCUGACGAGGACUCAUGCUCAGGCACUGGCUCAGCCACCUCGGGGUCCAUGGGCUCAGGCUGUAGAACUUCAGCCAGCGGGACAUCUAAGAGCAGGACGUCAGCCAGUGGGACCUCUGGCAGCGGAAAAGGAAGCAACAACAGUAGUAAAUACUUUGGCAGUGUGGACUCGUCCCAGAACAGCCAGAAGGUCAAAGAUCACUCGAGCGGCAGCGAGGGACGGGCCGUGGAGAUGGACCAGAGCGAACGCUUUAUCAAUGACAUCCAGAGAGUGCUCAGACAGGACCGAGAGAAGCUGAGGCUGCUGCAGAAGAACCAGCCACACUUUUCAGAGGAGCAGAAGAAGGAGCUGGUGGAGGUCUACCCCUGGUUCAAGAAGGGAUGUCUGCCCAAGGCAAUAGACAUCAAGGCGUGCUCCUGCUGUGCCGGUGUGUCAGAGGGAGAAGCAACAGAGGAAGCAGCAGCGGCGGCGGCGGCGGCGGCAGCAACAGCGGCGGAGACGGUGGCAGCAACAGCGGAGGAUCAGCCAGACUUAGACAUUGGAGAUACAGAGACGGGGGAGGUCAGCUGCCAGCAGAGGCCCGGAAAGGAACACUCAAACACUACAGAUACAACCAGCUAGACAACUUCUCAAGAUUUUCAGAGAGAUUAAUCAUCUCUUCAGCCUUUUGUUUUUGUAUGAGUGAAGAGGGACCUGGUUUAGUUAAAGCAUCAUACAGGCCCUUUGCUCUUCACACAACAUUCUUUAUUACUGUCUCCGUCUUGCUCUUAAGAUGUCUGGCUGGAACAGUCAGGACUUUUGCAGAAUGUGAAUGUACGAGUGCUGGACUCUGAGACUAUGUAUGUUCAUGAAUUUGUUUCUAUGUAGCACUUAACACAGCGCAACAUAUGCACUGAUCAGGAGGAGCCCAAUAAGGGAAAUGCUAUAUGUGCUGCUCAUACACCAUCUAGCACAGUAGCGGUUAAUAUACACCAACCAACUGGAGGCCGCUUCAUGCACGUCAGGAAAUGGCUCUGUGGUGUUGUAUGUUCUACAGUAAAUGAAUGAAUUCAGCAUUUUGUGACGCGAUUUCCUCAGUUACAACAACACCAUGCUACGUCAGCAUGUGGUGAGAGCAGGUGGAGUUAAGUUCCAGACACUGCUGUCAUGAAUAGCCUAAAGCACCAAAUGAACGGAUGAUUGCACCUUGUGGGCUACACUGGAAGAAGAGGGAAAACACGAGUUAGGAAAUUAAAUUGCAAAAAACAAACUUGCUCCCGUUUACAGCAGCGACCAGGCAUGGACUCAUCGGCAAUUGGUGAAGCUUCCGACUGGAAAACCUACUCACAUUAUUCACUAAAGUAGAAGUGAAAAUGCAAUGCAAGAAGAAUAGUAGCAUAAAAUGGAAAAGUACAUUUGUUACUGAUCCCCAGGCACUGUGGAGGUGCUGAACACAUUUGAGACUGCACUCAGAAAAGGACAAUCGGGUGAAACGUGUUCUGUAAAAGUUACAUCUACUCACCAAACCAUCAUGUUAUGUUGUUUCUGAGAAAGCAUCUUCAAAAUUUGCAUUUUUCAAGUUGCCAGUCACUUCAUGCAUAUUUCCAUUCAGCAUUUAUUUCACUAUCAGCUGUGAAACUUAUUAAAUGCUUGUGUGAAUAUUUGUAACUCUGAGCGUUUAUUUUUUUACAUAGGCUACACCGUUUUCUGUAUGAGACUUUUUGUGUUUUUAAGUUAUUUAUGGAAACGCCUGCUUAAAAAACAAGCAAGACCAAGAUGAUUACUAUAAAAAUACUAGAGUAGUAUGUUGUUUAUGGUGGGUGAUAAAUAUAAAGUGAGGAGAAUAUUGAUGUUUUCAGCAGUUUUAAAAGUGUGCAACAUAACACUUGAAUGGUCUGAUGUUGCCCCUCAUAAAUAUGGAAAAGAGCCUCUCUGAGCAUCCUGUGGAAGUGUCUGAAGCUCAUUACCGUUUUGUGUGGUCACCUCAGAAGUCUAAGUUUAGGGUUAUUGCACGGGUGUAAAGUAGCUCAGACAGAUGUCAAGUGACUGUAGAGAGCUUUCCGCCACUUUGAAGCUCAUGCUGUCAUUUGAGACAUUAAACAUUUCCUGAAUUUGUCUUUGUUAUUUUAACGGACUUAUUUCUUCUUCUUUUUUAUUGCAAAUAUUUUGUUACAUUUUCUCUAAAUAAAAUGUUGCCGAAUUUA